CUGCAUGGCGGCGGCCUUCAUAUAUGCUGCUCUGCUGAGGUCAGCAUCCACCGCGCUGCAGCACAAACAUGGAGGGAGCAUCAAAUAAGCUACAAUACUGGAGACUUUAUCUUCUGGCCGUGGUUCUGGGGAUUGGUGGCUCCUUUCAGUAUGGCAUUCAAGUGUCGGCCAUUGCUGCUCCAGCAGAGCACGUCGAGGCUUUUAUCAACCAAACGUGGCUGCUGAGAUACCAAACUCCGGUGGAAGAUUCCACCGAGCAGCUCAUUUGGUCCUUCAUCGUGGCCGUGCUGAGUUUGGGGGCGUGGCUUGGCGCUGUUCACAGCGGAAGUCUGCCGGUCAAAUAUGGCCGGAAGAAAGCGUUAAUGAUCAACGACGUCGUGGCCGUCGUGGCCGCUUUGUUCAUGCUCUUUAGCCGCGCGGCCAAAUCUUUUGAGAUGAUUUUGCUAGGCCGCUUUCUCUUCGGAUACAACGUUGGUCUUGGCUUGAGCGUGCACCUCAUGUACUUGGGUGAAAGCUCUCCAAAGAAACUAAGAGGAUUCUUGACUCUCACCAGCUCCAUCUUUAUUGGUUUGGGGAAGGUUAUGGGUCAAAUCAUUGGCAUCAAGGAGAUGAUGGGCUCUGAAGAAAUGUGGCCUUUCCUCUUGGCAAUCAGCGGCAUUCCCGCCAUUGUGCAGUUUGUGGCUCUGUUAUUCUUCCCCGAGUCUCCUCGGUACCUUUACAUCGACAAAGGGGACUCUGAAGGCGGCAAGAAAGCAUUGCAGUGGCUGUGGCAGGAAGACGACUUGAAGCAGGAGCUGGAAGACAUGGACAAGGAGCGUGAGAGCGUCCAAGGCGAGCAGGCCAAGACAGUGAAGGAUGUUCUGACUCGUCGCUGCGUCAGAUGGCAGCUGUUGACCUUGGCCAUCCCCUGUGCUGGUGUCCAGUUCUGUGGCAUCAAUGCCCUCUAUUUCUACGCAUUCGACAUUUUCCGGGAGUCAGGAGUACCGGAGGAGCAGAUGCAUUACUUGGCAAUCGGGAUCGGAGCCACGGAGCUCAUCACUGUGAUGCUGUGUUCCUUGAUUAUAGACCGUGCUGGCCGCAAGAAGCUGAUGGGCUUUGGCUAUUUACUGAUGGGGGCCACCAUGGCUGUUCUUACUGCUAUGCUGUCCAUCAAGGAUAUGAAUUCAUGGAUCCCGUAUGUGAACAUCGCCUUGAUUUUUUGUGUCAUCUGCAUUUACGGACUCGGACCCUCCGGAGUGUCUAUGGUUCUUCCCGCUGACCUUUUCCUGCAAGCAUGGCGUCCCUCCGCGUAUGUCGUCAGCGGAACUAUUAACUGGCUCAGCUUGUUCCUCGUGGGCAUGUGUUUCAGCUACGUGGUGGACGGACUGGGCCAGUACUGCUUCCUGAUCUUCGUGGUCUACUGCGUCUUCAGCGCGGCCUUCCUCCUCUGCUUGGUGCCGGAAACCAAAGGAAAGACCAUAGUGGAAGUUACGGAGGACUUCAACAAACUUAAUUACAAGAACAGAGAAACGGAACUGUCCACUAAGUUGUAAUAUCUGACCUUGUAUUUAUUGACCUGUUGUUGUGGGUAUUAUUUAGUGUAUUGUUACAGUGGUUUCCUGCAGAUUCACCAUUCAGCAUUCGCCUCCCUGCAAAAAUGUAGCUGAUUUUUUGUCCCAAUUUUUUUAUUAAUGCUUUUUCUAACUGGAAAUAGGCUGUUAUCCAGCAGAAAAGUCGUAUAAUAAUGAAGAAAUAUGUUUUUAAAAAUACAACUUUAAUUGCACAUUUUGAAAUUGAAGAUUGUGAGCAUUGUUAUGGAUACCGAUCAAAUUAGGUGCCCUCGAUUAUUGCAGUACAAAUAAAAACUAAAAUUUAUAAUAAAAAGAUUAUGCUGCUUAAUGCAGCAAUAUUUUAAUGUACAGUAUUUUAUGUCCUUUGUGUUUUAAGUCCUUGUUUUCACCUUUUUUUUGUAAAAAAAAUAUUGGGUAACACUUUAGUAUGGGGAACAUAUUCAGCAUUAAUUAGUUGCUUAUUAAAGUAACAAAGACUUAAUUUAGAGUUAUUUGGGCACUAGGGGAACAUGUGAGGGUGAGGGUUACUAAUAAGCAAUAAUUCUGUGGUUAUUGAGGGAAGCGUCUUAGUUAAUGGCUUACUGGUUGUAUAAUAAGGCCAUGCAGAAUAAGGCAUUAAUACGUACUUAAUGACUAAAUAAGAGCCAACAUGUUACUAAUUUGCAUGUUAAUAAGCAACUAAUUAAUGGUGAAUAUGUGUUCCCCAUACUAAAGUGUUACCAAAUACUGAUAGUGAAAUUGUUCUUUGUUUUUCAUGUCUGUCAAACCUGCUCAGUGGCCUUGUGGUUAGAGUCUCCGCCCUGAGACUGGAAGGUCGUGAGUUCAAACCCCGGCCGAGUCAUAACAAAGACUAUAAAAAUGGGACGCAUUACCUACCUGCUUGGCACUCGGCAUCAAGGGUUGAGAUUGGGGGUUAAAUCACCAAAAUGAUUCGCGAGCGUGGCCACCGCUGCUGCUCACUGCUCCCCUCACCUCCCAGGGGGUGAACAUGGGGAUGGGUAAAAUGCACAGGAUAAUUUCACCACACGUAGUGUGUGAGUGACUAUCGUUGAGACUUUAACUUUAACUUAACUAAUAUAUAAAGCCCCUUUUUAUUUGUGAGAAUUACAUCCCGAGACCACCCGCCAAUUAGGACUGGAUGGACUUUAUUCAUCCCACAUUGGGGAAAUUAUGUGGUUGCAGUGUCAACAAUUGUCAUUUUUAAAAUCUAUUUUUUGUUGGUUUUAUAAGAUGUGGUUUACCAAAACACAGCAACUAGAUGAAAAUAAAUUGAGUAAUUUCACUUGA